AUGGACAAGCAGCAGCAGCAGAAGCAUGGCAAGGAGAUCGUGACCGUGAAGGACAUCAUGACGAAUAAGUAUGACGUGAUCGUCACGGCGCUGGAAAGCCUAACGGAGUCCACGGAAAGACUAGCUGCUGCCUCGCGGGACUCGACCGGGGCCAUAGAGGCACUGGGAGGCCGAAUCACCAUCUCCAUCGAGGAGAUGGGCAAGUCCGUGACGGAGAACCUCUGCCGAGCCCUCGCAGAAACCAUGAGGGAGGUGCUGGUCGGCGUCCUGAAGAGCAAGGAGUCGGUGCCAGAAGCUCCGCCGACGGAGGCAAACGGCGCGAGCGCGGCUGAAGCGGCGGCGGCCGUCGGGGAGGUCAUGGCGCAGGGUGGCGCGACGGGCGGCGGGGCAGACGGUUCGAGCGGGGCCGCAGCAGCGGCGGUGCCCAGGUCGCCGAGGGCGGCAACCGACAGGGUGGUCGCGGAGCAGGGGAGCGCAACAGGCGGCGCGGCCGGGGCGGCGAUCACCAACCCGCUAGGAGGGCCGGGCUAUGGGGCCGAGAUCGGCCGGGGGAACGGGCGACGGCGGAGAGGAGCAGGCCGCGCCAACCUUCAGUGGACCGGGUCUGCUGCCUGUUCCAACGGCCCAGGAGAUCGCGGAGGCCCGUGGGAAUAA